AAGCCCUUUAACGACCCCUAGAGGAAGGUUUCGUGAUAAGGAGUUCAGUGACAAAAGGCAGUCAUGACGGCUGGAGAGACACAGGCUGCCGGUCGGCUGGCUGGACUGUGCAACCGAUUUGUACAUGUUUUACACCAGUGUGUAAUUGAUUAUGGACCACAUGUGUGUAAUGACAUUCCAGCUUGAUUAAACUUACGAAACUGGGAAUCCUUCUCCUGUUCUCUUACCGGAACUACCCCUUUCAUCUUGUGUGCACGACACCUGAACCCCCCUGAGCGUCCCCUACGCUCGUAUAUGGUCCUUCGAGCCGGAUCGUGUCACAAGAUGGAUUCUGAACAUCCCAGUGAAGCUGAUCCUGCCGUCAGACCUCGGUCUCCCAGAGAGAGACAUCUCCCCGGUCAUCUAGCUGACUACGACAUCCAGCUUCCUCCCAGCCUGCAUCCUGUAGUACCUCAAACUGAUGCAUCUUCUCAGAGACCAUCCAGGCGGUCAAGACAUGCAUCCACAUCCAUUUCAGCAGGCACCAUGUCCAGCACAUCAUCUAGAUCUCAUAAAAGUGCCCACUACAGGCUUCUUAGACACGGACUUUCUGAUCUCCAAGCUGCCAUGUUGGAGGAAAAACUAAAGACUAUGGACUUGGAAGAACUACAACAGCAGAUCGAAGAGGAGGCCAUUGUAGAUAAAGAGUGUGAGAGAUUAGAUACACAAGCUAGAGAAGCACAGUAUAUACAGGAACAAGCCACUAAGGCUAGAGAGUCAAUAGCUAAGCAAGUAGAUACCAGACGUCGUCUAAAAAAGGUACAAAAUGAGCUUAAAGCUGCUAAAUUUGUGUGUGAACUUCUUAAACAGGAAUCCCCAGAUGUCAGUGUUAAUACAUCACAGUCCAGCCUAGCUGUUGAUCUUCGGUCUGAGGUAAGCCCGCAACAUGACAAUGCUGUAAACCUUAACGCAUCAGUACAAUUAAUGCGUAGUCACUCUACUCCUUGUCACGUUUCCUUUGUACCCGCGUCUUCAGUAAUGCAUGGCCCUGUAUUACCUGUAACAAACAGUGCGGUUCCUGUAUCUGAACCUCAGUUGAUUGGUGUCACCUCAACUCCUAAUAUAACUCAACCCAACACAGUUACAAAUUCAUUAGCUGCAUUAGGUACCAUACCGCCCACCUUAAUGUCAAAUUCAGAUUAUGUUGCUCCCUUGACAUUUGAUUCAUCUUUAGUGAAUAAGCCGCAAUAUUGUGCAGCUAAUUCUGCUACCUAUAGUCAGGCACCAUCUGUCAGGGCCCACAAUGUAGUUCCUUCACCCGCUACUGUAAUGGUGGGAUCUCCACUACAAGUACAAUGCUACCCCUCUAUGCAUUCUAGUGCUAAUGGAACAUCUGCACCGUACACUGGUCCCGCACCUGACACCCCUCCUAUUCGGUCAGAGUUGUACCCCGCUCUAGCUCAAUUACCCGGUCUUGACAUGUUAGCCGCUUCUGCCUACGGUGUGCCUAAGCCAGCUAUCCCACAUUUUGACACUGGUAGAGAGAGUGAUUUUGCCUUAUUAAAGAUGGCCUUAGAUAAUGUAAUGAAUAACCAACCUCACCUGAGUGAGCAUUACAAAUAUCAGGUCCUUCUAAGUCAUUUAAAACUCCCCAGCGCACUGCAGUUAGCAAAGGCAUACAUGUACGACCCUAAGCCAUACACCGCCGCCAUGCAAGCACUGCAAGAUAAAUAUGGACAGCCGCGGCAACUGGUCCAAUCAGAACUUAGUAUUAUACUGAACGCCCCCGCAGUCAAGUUCGCUGAUGCAGAAGCUUUUGACUCCUUUUCUCUGUCCAUCCAAACUCUAGUAGGCAUGCUCAAAACUUUGGAAGGCCCAAAUGGAUAUGAGUUGCGCUGUGGCUCUCAUGUUGACAGAUUGCUAAGCAAGAUGCCACCAUCGAACAGGGAUGGAUUCGUGGAGUACUGCUUCAGCCGAGGUAUUCUACAGACUGGUACGGAUCGCACCUAUACCUUACCUGAUUUAUCAGAAUGGCUACAAAUGAAGUCGCAAGCAAAGCGUAUUUCUAAUAAAGCAGCUACAAUGUAUCAAACAGAAAAUACGAGAUUUAUUAAGAAAGAACAGCCAAGGUCAGCACCUUUCCGCAUAAAGGAGAAGUCCACAUCCAUUCUGUAUUCAACCGAUGGUAGUUCAGCUGUGCAAGGACACCCAAAAUUUAAACCUCCUGUUAAGAAUCAACCCUUCUGCCCAUACUGUAACAUGAAGGACCACUUUCUUAACGCAUGUCCUAAGUUUAAAAUGCUGACAGCUGAGAAAAUAGUAGAGUGGAUAUCCACAGAGAAACGCUGUUGGAAAUGUGGGCGAACUCACACUCCAGACAACUGUACUCUGAGAAAACCUUGUACAAAGUGCAAAGAGAUACAUCUUACCAUUUUGCAUGAAGCAGCCUCGCAAAUACAAAAUAAUGUUCUGUUGGUUAACGUCCCCAGCCUACAGGUCUAUUUAGAUCGGCCCAAUAGGUCUCAGAAGGUAAUGCUUAAGAUAGUCAAGGUACUACUACACCAUAAAGAGAAAGCCAUGGAAGCAUACGCCGUAUUAGAUGAUGGUUCGGAACGUAGCAUUGUCUUAUCCCAGGUAGUGGACCAGUUAAAACUCCCUACCGAACCUGAAACGCUGACACUACGCACAGUCCAUCAAGAUGUGGUUAAUCUAAAAGGAGCCAAUGUAUCCUUCUAUGUAUCACCACUCCACAAACCAUUCAGGAAAUACCUGAUUUCUCAUGCUUUCACGGCAGAUAAUCUGAGACUGUCCAAACAUUCCUACCCUGUACUCGCUCUCCAACGCAAGUAUGAGCAUCUUAAGUCUCUGCCAUUACCUUUAAUUGACCAAGCCCAACCUCUACUACUAAUUGGAUCUGACAUGCCACAUCUACUUACGCCUGUCCAGCCAGUGUGUACUGGAUCCUCACAUGGACCGAUAGCCAUCUGUACUAGACUUGGUUGGACCCUGCAAGGUCCCACUGGGCUCAGUCAGACUUCCGAUUCCACACCACAAUGUCUCCACAUAACCACAACCACACAGAAUACUGAGCUAUUCAGAAAUGUGGAACGCCUUUGGCAAAUUGAUACUCUGCCAUAUACGAAUGAAAAAUCAGCCACUCGCUCCAAACAUGACCAGUAUGCUCUCUCGCUUCUUCAAUCAGAUACCACCAAGGUAGAAGUUAAUGGAGUCAUGCGCUAUGCCACUCCCUUGCUCAGACGACCCAAUGCUGAACCUCUUAAAGCCCCCAAAGAAGCAGUGAUGGCUAAUCUCCGAAGCACUGAGCGCAAGCUCGCUAAAGAUCAAAAGAAAGCUGAAGCUUACUGUUUGGAAAUGAGAAGACUGCAGGAAGCUGGCUAUGUGGCAGAGAUAUCAACAGAAGAAGCAGAGGAAUCCCGGGAAACGUGGUACCUCCCUCACCAUAUGGUGACACAUAACGGCAAAAACAGAAUAGUAUUUAACUGUUCUUAUUCUUACCAAGGGCAAGCUCUUAAUGACAUACUUUUACCUGGGCCCAUCCUUGGUCCAUCAUUACUUGGUGUCUUACUGAGGUUCCGCGAACAUCCUGUAGCCAUUAGCGGAGAUGUGAAAGGAAUGUUCCACCAGGUUCGCCUCUUGCCUACUGAUAAGUCAGUAGUACGAUUCCUGUGGAGAGAUAUGCAAAGGAGCAACCAACCCAAGAUCUACGAAUGGCAAGUCUUACCGUUCGGCACCACAUGCAGCCCGUGCUGUGCCAUAUAUGCACUCCAGAUGAUUGCUCAUACCCACUCCGAUGGAGACCCAGUACUGGAGAGUACAGUUAAAGGUUCCUUUUACGUGGAUAACUGUCUCCAUAGCCUUCAAACUGUUGCUGAAGCUAGAGCAUUAGUAGACAACUUACGACAACUUUUGCUCACCUGUGGAUUUGAUCUCCGUCAAUGGGCCAGUAACAAACCAGAGGUCAUUCAGCAUCUCCCUCCUGAUUCUAGAUCUACCAAUAGCGAACUUUGGCUAUCACAAAAGAGUACUGACCUCCUAGAAGGGACACUAGGGCUACUAUGGAACUGCCUCUCAGACUCAUUCAGUUACAAACCCAGCCAGAUCGAAUGCUUUGAACCCACUUUACGUAAUGUCUACAAAGUAUUGGCUUCUCAAUAUGAUCCAAUCGGUUAUCUAAUUCCAUUUACAACUAGAGCGAAAGUACUGGUCCAGGAUUUGUGGAAGACUAACCUAACAUGGGAUGACCCAAUCACAUCUGAGAGUUUGUUAAGCCGAUGGCAAACCUGGCUACAAGAGCUCCGAGGUUUGAGUCACAUUGCAGUCCCCAGGUGCUACAGCCCCUCUGACUGGCAGGCAGGCAACCUUAAUCGGGAAUUGCAUAUAUUCUGCGAUGCAUCCGAAAGGGUUUACGGCUCUGUAGCCUACAUGCGCACUGAAAAUGAUCAAGGACAUGUGCACAUUUCAUUUGUGUUAGCCCGCUCAAGAGUAGCACCUCGGAAACAAAUGACAAUCCCCCGAUUAGAAUUGAGUGCAGCACUCACUGGGGCACAAGUAGCUAACGUACUCCAAGAAGAAUUAACUGUCGACAUCAAUCGCAUCAUUCUCUGGUCCGACUCAUCUACAGUGCUACAAUGGCUUAAAUCUGACUCGUGCAGAUACAAAGUCUUUGUUGGAACAAGAGUGGCCGAGAUCCAGUCACUCACCAACAUUAAUUCGUGGAGAUAUGUUGAUUCAGCGCACAACCCUGCUGAUGUCAUAACCCGAGGUCAGACGUUAAACAGUUUGACGCCACCUUGCCACUGGAUUUCUGGACCACCUUUUCUAUAUCAACCAGAUUCAUGCUGGCCCACUUUACCAGCAGAUGAACCAGAACCAGAGACAGAAUUAAAAAAGUCAGUAAUCUGUCUGCAUGUUCUUACUUGUCCAGACACCACCCUCCCUGAUGUCAAUCAAUUUAGCACAUGGGCUGAACUAUUAAAAGCCACUGUGACAUCCCUUCACGGGGCGGCUACACCUCAAACCCAGCCGCAAGAAGACUCAUGUAGUUACAUUCUAGCAGAGAAACUUCUCCUACAACAGUCUCAAAGAGAUUCCUUUCCAGAAGAGUUUAAAGCUCUUACCGCUAAUAGACCAUUACCAUCCAACAGCAGAUUAGCAUCUUUAUCACCUGAGUAUGAUGAGGUCAGUGGACUUAUUAGGGUUGGAGGGAGGUUAAGACAUGCUCAUCAUCUGGAAUUAGACACGACACACCCUGUUGUUCUUGAUCCACAACACUACAUCACAAAGCUUCUAAUCAAGGAUUAUGAUACCGCCCUACUACAUCCUGGACCAGAGCGAGUCUUCGCUGAGGUGAGAAGACGAUACUGGAUUCUAAGAGGAAGGGAAGCCAUCAAGAAGCAUCAACACUUGUGUACAGACUGCCAGAAAUGGCGUGCUAAGCCAAAAAUGCCUAAGAUGGCUGACCUUCCACCGACACGUCUUCGUUUGUACAAACCCCCAUUCUACUCCACUGGAAUGGAUUGCUUUGGCCCAUUCACAGUGAAGAUUGGCAGACGGACAGAGAAAAGGUGGGGAAUAGUAUUCAAAUGUUUGACCACUCGUUGUCUCCAUCUUGACUUAGUAGAAAGUCUUGAUACAGACGCAUUCCUAAUGGCUCUCCGCAGAUUCAUAUCACGAAGAGGGAAACCAUUAGAGCUCCUUAGUGAUAAUGGUACAAACUUUGUUGGAGGAGACAAAGAAUUGAGAGCAGCCUAUGAAUCUAUGAUUCCCCAACUCAGAGAGCAAUUGGCAGAACAACAAAUUACAUUUAGAUUUAUCCCACCUGGAGCCCCUCAUUUUGGGGGAGUUUGGGAACGGGAGGUUAAGUCAGUAAAACAGGCCCUUAAAGUAGUCUUGAAGGAUCUAACAGUGACUGAGACUGUACUGCGAACUGUGCUCAUCGAGGUAGAAGGCAUCCUAAAUGCCAAGCCUCUGGGAUAUGUGUCUUCCGAAGUAUCGGAUCUGGACCCUAUUACACCCAACAUUCUUUUAAUGGGUCGCCAUGAUUCUUCUCUCCCACAAGUAAUUUACGACUCAAGUAAUGUUCUGGGAACCAGAAGAUGGAAACAUAGUCAAAUACUUGCUGACCAUUUUUGGUCUAGAUUCAUACACUACUAUUUACCAAAUUUACAAGAAAGGCAGAAGUGGCGCAAAGAUGGUGGGGAAAUUGGGCUAGACCAAGUGGUACUGAUAGUGGACCCACAACUCCCACGAGCAUGUUGGCCAGUAGGGAAAGUGACUAAUACCUUUCCUGGACUUGAUGGGCGAAUCAGAUCGGUUGAGGUUCAGGUACGCAACCGCACUUAUGUUAGACCCGUAUCUCGUUUAGUCCCUCUACCGAAACACAUUGACGAUGACCCUGUUAAUCCCGAUACUUAGUUAGGAUAUCUCACUAUUUCAAAUGUACUCACUUACAUUUGGGGGCGGCUGUGUGAGAAAGCCCUUUAACGACCCCUAGAGGAAGGUUUCGUGAUAAGGAGUUCAGUGACAAAAGGCAGUCAUGACGGCUGGAGAGACACAGGCUGCCGGUCGGCUGGCUGGACUGUGCAACCGAUUUGUACAUGUUUUACACCAGUGUGUAAUUGAUUAUGGGUGAGUCCCUUUUGUUUGCUAUCCUUUGAUCCAGAUAAAUGUUCUGAUUACUGUUAUUGUCUUGUAAAUCACACUGUAUGUCUCGUGAUUCCCACGUGCGCCAUAACCGAAAGUGAAACCAUAUGUUAUCAAACCCAACGAUCUCCUUUCGGACUUUGAACUGGAAAUUCACUUUGAUUCAUAGCUUGAUAGAACCUAAUUUAUAUAUCUCUUUAAUAUAUAUCACCUGAUUCAGUCAAUAAUUCGUACAAUGUUCACCUUUGGGUAGAUUUAGCCUGUACAAUAAUACUAAAUGGUCAUUCCAAUUGCUUACAACAUUAUAUUUAAUUCAUCAUUGUCAUUAUAAUUCACAAUUACUCGAUGUAUGUUUAUUUGUAUCUUAAUUAAUAAGUUUGUUGUAUAAUUUACUGACAUUAGCAAUUGUUCCUCUUUGUAUUUUU